AUGACGUUAAAGACUGCUGGAGUUGUCAUCUUCAUUAGUUUAACUCUGACUUGUGGAGUUCGUGGGCAGGAUGAUGAUUCGCUGGCCGGCAGUUUCUUAUCAGGUCUUCUCGAUACAAUAGCGAAUACAGCUAACAGCGCAGACUGUCCCGGGGUGUGUGUCCACGCUCUGGCGACACUGAUAUGUGACGAGGUCCUCGAGGACAUCCAAUGCCCGACGGCGAGCAUGCGAUGCUGCGUCAAUGGACCAUUGAACAGCACCGAGACAUCGUCGGAGAACGAUAUCGAGGGCUCGACGCCCACGAGCACCGAGAAGCCCAUCACCGUGAGCUAUCCAGCUACCACGACCCUCUCGACGACCACCACCUUCGCCACAACUACCACAAGCCCCAGUGCAACGUCUACUGCUGUCACCACGGUGAUUCAGAGGGAGCCGGAGAAGACAUCGAUAUCGAAAUGCCCUCCUCCCGGGCUCUGCAUAGAGGCCCGAUUGACCAACUAUUGCGAAGCCAUUCUCGACAUUGCGAACCUUUGCGCCAAGCCUGAACACCGAUGCUGCGUCUCCAAGGACGCCUUCGGGGGCAGUCCGCCUCCGGGGUUCUACGUGAUCGAUCGUUCCAAGGGGAAUGCAACCAAGGAAGAUAAGGGCGGCGAGAAGGCGGCCAGCACUGCGCGGCCAACAGCCACCAGUCCUACGUCGACGACGACGGUGAGCACCACUACCACCACCACCACUCAGAGACCGAAACCCGUGCAGCGGACACCCUGCAAGGGGGAGUGUGUCAACGGGCUCUUCGCACUCUUCUGCGAUAACAUCGACAGGGAGGCCGAUUGCCCCUCCGGGGAGUCCUGCUGCAUCACUGAUUCACCGAUCAAGGCCGAGCCGACAACAACCACCCCUCGCCCAACGACAAAACCACCGCAACCGAAAUUAUCACCUUGCCGGGGCUUCUGUAUGCUCGUGAUAUUCGCCGCAUUCUGCGAACGACCCAAUACUAUUGUCUCUAAAACAUCGACUUGUCAGAGUGGAUUCAUCUGCUGUGACGACAGUAAUUCAGUGUCACCUGCGUCAAAACAUCGUCCCAAACCGACACCAACUCGACCACCAGCGACCACGGUCUCUCUACCCCCUGACAAUCGUCCCGAUUGCAUAAGUCAGGGCGGCUCGUGCAUCGUCUCGUACAUAUCCUUCACAUGCUUCAGAAAUGCCGAGUUGACGAAUCUGUUCAAGUGUAAAAAAGCUGGACAGCAGUGUUGCGCACCCAAAUUCCGGAUACGAGGGGUCAAUAAUUCCACUGAGCCGAGUUCAAGCAAUCGAAAUGAUACUAUUUCAGCUGGAAAUAUCAAGCCGCAAACCACAAGUUUUACCCCUUUUUACGAAACAACCCUCACGACAACUCCAGUCCCACCAACGACCCCGCUAUCAACGACGACAGACCCGACAUUCAACAAAUACGUGUGCGGAGUGAAGGGCACAUCCCGGGGGCCGAUUCAGGCCAAGAGUCUGUGGAGGGACCCCCGAGUUGUGGGUGGCGAGGACGCCGACGCCAACGAGUGGUGCUGGCAGGUAGCCCUCAUCAAUUCCCUGAACCAAUACUUGUGUGGAGGUGCUCUCGUGGGGACGCAGUGGAUCCUGACUGCAGCCCAUUGUGUCACAAACAUCGUGCGAUCAGGGGACGCUAUCUACGUGCGAGUGGGCGAUCACGAUUUAACUAGGAAGUACGGGAGUCCUGGAGCCCAGACCCUGCGAGUGGCGACGACCUACAUUCAUCACAAUCACAACAGCCAAACUCUGGACAACGACAUAGCCCUUCUGAAGCUUCACGGCCAGGCAGAGCUGAAGGACGGAGUUUGCCUGGUGUGCCUACCAGCCAGAGGAGUCAGUCAUGCUGCUGGGAAGAGGUGCACUGUCACUGGAUACGGAUACAUGGGUGAAGCUGGCCCCAUUCCUCUGAGGGUUCGAGAGGCUGAAAUUCCAAUAGUCAGCGAUGCUGAAUGCAUUCGAAAGGUCAAUGCAGUCACUGAGAAGCUGUUUGUUCUACCUGCGAGCAGUUUUUGCGCUGGGGGAGAGCCUGGAAAUGAUGCUUGCCAGGGUGACGGUGGUGGACCCCUCGUAUGCCAAGACGACGGUUUCUACGAGCUAACAGGUCUAGUGUCCUGGGGCUUCGGAUGUGGAAGAGUCGAUGUGCCAGGUGUAUACGUCAAGGUGUCAGCGUUUAUCGGAUGGAUAAGCCAAAUAAUAACUGUUAAUAAUCUUUAGUCGGUCCCUCCACAGGUUCCAAACUGCGUCAUGACGAUGAUACUGUGAGAUAUUAUUAAAUUUAAUGAUGAACUUUGAAGUUGAGUAGAAUGAUACAAUCUCCAUUCAAUCAAUUGCCCAAUCCCUCAACAAAUGUAUCGAUAUUGUAAUUGUUGGGCGAUUUUAUUAAUUGAGUCAUUGUUCCACUUGAUUGUCAAAUUUAUCUGCACCAUUCGUACAGUCAUUUUCACCAAAAUUCACGAUUUUGUGUCAUCAGCGGCUAUAUUUUUUCAAUAAGAUGAGAUGUUUUCCGUAAUUAAGAGUAAUCUUCCUCUGUAAUUGUGGAUUUACUCGUGAGCAAGUGGUUUUAGGGGAAAAUGUCAGAAGACAGUUUUUCUGGCUGAAGACAUUUCCAACAAAAAAUGCUUUAUGACUUUUUCCCCUAAACCCAUUUCCCUCUGAGGUAAUCCAAUUUUUAAAAACUUGGAAAAUCAAUAUCGUGAAGAACUACCCUAGAAAAAUCACAAAAAAUCUCAUUAUCCUUUCCAAUCGCUUUGUAAAUUAACGCAUCACCCAUUAAGGACCCUUUUACUUUAAGCCAAUAAGAAAACAAUUAUUUUUCAUCACUUUAUUCAUAUAUUUAUAGAUAAAUGCAUCCGAGUGCUGACGAUAAAUGUAUAUUUCAUCCUUAAAUCUAGCUCUUAGCAAUUCCCUAAUUACAAAGUAUCUCUAAUAUUCUUUAAGAAAAAAACUAUAUAUAUUUAUAUAAAAAAAUAUCCAAGCAUUGCAGACUACUGGUACGGCACAUCAAAGAGGUAUCAGCCCUCACUCCACCCCUGAAAAUUUCAAUUUUCCCCCGAAAGAGGAGACAAAACGAUAAAGUGACAAAAUAAAAAACCACAAAAGAUAAUUAAUAUGUGUUUUAAUAGUAUAAAGAGAAAUUAAACGUCAAUUCACCACAUACAGUCGCUAAAAAUUGCCUCAUUCAAUGAAAAAUAUCCAUGAAGUGUUAA